AUGCUUGUCGAGGGAUAUGACGCGUAUUUACAGCACGCGUUCCCGGAGGACAUGCUCAAGCCGAUCACGUGCUCCGGCAAGAGCAACCUCGGCGCGAUCGCCACGACCCUCGUUGACACCCUGUCGACCCUCAUCAUGGUCGGCGACGCAGUGCGGUCGCGCGAGGCCACCGACUUCAUCUGCAACCGCCUCUCCUUCGACAAGGACUACUUCGUCUCCAUGUUCGAGGCCAACAUCCGCGUCGUCGGCGGCCUCCUGUCCGCCCACGCCCUCCUCGCACGACAUCCAUCAUUCAUCAACCUCAACACCACGCUCUCGGCCAAUGGCGACUGGACCGAGUCCGACGCGGUCACGCUCACGGACCUCUGGCCGCGGCGCUCCGCCGACGGCGCCGGAAACGGAGGCGCGAAGAGCGACGGCGACUGGCCGGACAGCGACAGCGACGACGACGACGACGACGACGACGGUGGCGACCAGGCGGGGCCGUCGGGGCCGCUGGGGCCGGGCUCGCCGCCGUGGGACGCGUCGACGCCGUACUCGGGCUGCCUGCUGUGGCGCGCGGUCGAGCUCGUCGAGCGCAUGAUGCCGGCGUUCGACACGCCAACGGGAAUCCCAAAGACACACGUGCGGCUGUCUGGGCCCGUGCGCGAGGACGCGGCGUACCGGUCGGCGGCGUACCACGAGGAGAAGACGUGGCACAACGAGACGGAGGUGUGCACGGCGUGCGCGGGGACGCUGAUCAUGGAGUUCGGGGCGCUUUCGCGGAUGACGGGCAACCCGCGGUACGAAGAGGCGGCGCUGCGGGCGCUGGUGGCGCUGUACCAGCGGCGGACGAAGCUGGGACUGGUGGGCGGUAUGGUGGGCGUGAAGUCCGGGCGGUGGGCGGCCGGGGCGUCGACGAUCGGCGCCGGGACUGACAGUUACUUGGAGUACCUGUUGAAAGGGUACUUAUUGUUGGGGUAUGACGAAAUGCUGGAGGCGUUCGCGGACUCGUACGCGUCGGUGAUGUACUUCAUGCACGACGCGCAGGUGCACGUCAGCAACCCGUUGAUGCGGCCGUGGGUGUCGGACGUGGACCCGACGUCAGGCCAUCACUCCCCCUCCUUCCUGUCGUCGCUGGCCGCGUUCUGGCCAGGGCUGCAGGCGCUCGUCGGCCAGACGCAGGACGCCGCGAAGCUCCACCGGGAGUUUCGCGGCGUCUGGGCGAAAAACAACGCCAUUCCGGAGCAAUUUCACCCCGAUGGGCGGCCGCACCCGAUGAUGAAGGCGUACCCGCUGCGGCCGGAGCACAUCGAGUCGGGGUUCGUGCUGAUGUCGGCUCUGGGCGGUCCGGACUGGCAGGCGCACGCGGCGUCGAUCAGAAUGACUUUGGAGCCGCGCACGCGCUCGACGUGCGGGUUCGCGCAGAUCCAGGACGUGACGAAACACGGCAACAGUGCUCUCGAGGACUCGAUGGAGUCCUUCUUCCUGUCCGAGGUUGCCAAAUACCUCUACGUCACGCAGGCGUCGUCCGGGGAGCUCCUGAACCACAUUGUGCUAACGACGGAGGGGCACAUUCUGCCCCCCGCCCUCGACCUGCCUCUGGGCGGCAUCCCGCUGCGCCCCGACGGCCACGGCGCUCCCGGGUGCGGCGACGACGACGUCGACGGCGCCGAACCCGGCCGCACCGCCAACGGCCGCGCGCCGGAGCCUCCCGGGGGAGUCCCGCCGCCGCCGCUGGCGUCAACGCCGCGCUGGCAGGUCUGCCGCGCCGAGGCGGCCGGGCAGCCGCCGCGCCAUAACGGCGCGCUGGGACCGGUGUGGCGCCCGACGAUGAUCCCUCGCUUGCUGCAGAGGAUGAGGGACGCGACGGUGGCGACAGGCGGGAUGACGCGGUCGUCGCUGUUCGCGUUCCCGGACGACGACUCGGACUGGCGGGCGCCGUCGGCGUCGCGGCGGUUCGCGCGCGCGCUCCCGGGGGUCCGCUCGCGGGACAGCGAGGCGGGGGGGGGGAGUAAAUCGUCCAUGCCGUGGCACCGCUGUCGGCGCAUCUGCGGCGACCUCCCGGCGAUCCGCACGGGCGGAGGCGACAGCGAGGUGCCGCCGAUGAUCAUGCCGGACCUCAACGCGUUCCGCGCCCCCGCGGCGGAGGAGUUCGCCGCGACUCCAGCUGACAGCGGCUCGACAUGGUUGUCAUACCUGCCGGGGCUGUCGGUGGGCGAGGGGGACCGCGAGGUCAUGAUGCAGCGGCGGUGCCGCGCGUGCGUGGCCGUUGAGAGCGCCGUGGCGCGGAUGCGGGGCGGCGGGGAGGGCGCGCGACGCACCUUGGUCCAAAUGGAAGCGAACAAGACCCUGGAGGUCUUCCAGGACGCCAGACACGACAGCGAGGUCCUGGGGAUCUUCUUCGCGUCCGCGGUGCUCGACGCGCCGCCCGGCAUGCCGCCCGCCGGCCCGCAGACCUCCCUUGGAGUCGGCGCGCUGUGGGUGCCGCCGUCGGACGUCGCAAAGCCUCGUAGCGCCUCGAAGGCGCGGUUCGCGGGCGGCGGCAUGCACCACGCGAAACGUACUGCGCACGCGCUGCUCGAGGGUCAACCGCCGCACAUCAUGGCUCUCACGUUACGUGCAAAUCGUGCGGAGACGUUUUACGACACGGUGGAAGUCACCAUGGUGUCGGUGGACGCGGCGGCGCGCGCGCUCGCGAGGGCGACGGGGCAGCAGGUCGACCGCGCGCGGUCCGGGGAGGGGGAGUGCUACGUCGGGCGGUUCGACGCGCGGGCUGCGGCGUACGGGCCGUCGCUGCAGGGGUUUCGUCAGGGCGGGCGGGCGUUCGCGUACGAGCUGGCGAUGAAGGGGGUGAUGGAGCGGGGGAAGGACGCGGGACAGGGCAGGCCCGAGCGGGGGAUCGCGCAGGCGAUGCGGUGGCUGAAGGAGGCGUUUGGCGCGAACGGCGCUGACGACGUAGCGCGGCGGCGGCGACGGGCUGCCAGCGCGCCGUGCGGGCAGUGUCCGUUCGUCGGCGCGGGCGCGGUGCAUCCGCCGAGUCCGCCCCUGAGUCUGCACGCUGACGCGUGCCAGGACGACGAGGACGAGGGCGUGUAUCCGGCGUUGCAGGGGCCGCUGAUUCUUUGUCCGGAACGCGACCGCUGCGGGGGGCCGUGCAUCGAAGACGCGCCGCAGGGCAGCGUGCUGGUGCUGGAGCGCGGCGGGUGUCCGUUCCUGCGGAAGUCGUACGCCGCGGCGCACGCGGGGGCCGCUGCGCUGCUGGUGGUCAACGUGGACCCCCCCGGGGACGUUUUCACGAUGAUGGGCGCCGGGAACCUGCGCGACGAGGCGUUCCUCGUGCCGACGCUGAUGGUCUCGGCCGAGACGGGGCAGCGCCUGCGGGACGCGGCGGACGAGGCGCACCUGCACGGCAGCGUCGCGAGCGAGGCGGGGGGGUCUGGCGGCAUGCAGGGGGGGCCUUUGCUGUGGGUGCGGCUUCUGCCGGGCAUGGGGAAGCGGUCGCAGGACGGCCCGGCGUACGAGGAGCUGCACGCGCGCGGGUGCGGCGGUGCGGCGCCGGACAGGGCGCCACGGAGGAUGGGGGCAGCUUACGUGCACGCUGAGGUGCAGAGCGCGGUGCGCCCGGACACGGUGGGCUGGUUGAUUCGCAACAUCGGAGCUGCUGCGAUUCCGAGCAUACAGCGGUGGGUGACGGAGGCGUCGGCGCUGCUGAUCGACCACGCGGCCCCGCUGCUGAUGUCAUCCAAGCCCUUGGGGCGUUUUGGUACCCCGGGGGCCUUGUUCCCCGAGUCGAUGGUGCUGUGGGACUCGGAGGUGGGGGGGCUGGACUUGACGGCGUUCGACGCGGACAUUGAGUGGGACGACGGGGAGGAGGAGUUGGGGGAGUUGGAAGUAGAACACACGCUGAUGCCGUGGAGGUGGCACGGGACGGUGCUGGAGGAGGCGCGGAGCGACGGCAACUGGUACUGCUUGCGGCAGCCGAAUCCCUACGGGUUCUUUUGA